GCCCCGUCCCCUCCGCCCGCCAUGAUCAGAUACCUCCCGGAAGACGUGCAGGCUAAGCUACGUUCCGGCGUGGCCAUCAGCUCCCUGGACCAAUGCGUCGAAGAGCUGGCUCUCAACAGCAUCGACGCCGAGGCCAACUGCGUGGCCGUCCGGGUGAACAUGGAGACCUUCAGGGUGCAGGUGGUGGACAACGGCUCCGGGAUGGGAAGGGACGACGUGCAGAGGGCGGGGGACCGGUACUUCACCAGCAAGUGCGGCUCGAUCCAGGACCUGGAGAACCCCAAGUUCUACGGCUUCCGAGGAGAGGCGUUAGCCAGCAUAGCGAGUCUGGCCGGUGCCGUCGAGGUGUCAUCCAAGACCAACGGGACCGCCAAGACUUUCCUGAGAUUCUUUCGCGCCGGGAAAGCGCUGGACGUCUGCGAGGCAGACUCGGUGAGACCCAGCGUGGGGACGACGGUCACGGUGUAUAAUCUCUUCUAUCGGUUGCCGGUGAGGAGGAAGGGCAUGGAUGCCCGGUUGGAGUUCGAGAAGAUCAGGCAGAGGAUCGAAGCCCUCUCGCUGACGCAACCUUCCGUCUCCUUCUCCUUGAAGAACGAAGCUUCCGGGGCCAUGGUUCUCCAGCUCCCCAAGGCGAGAGACGUCCGUUCCCGAUUUUGUCAAAUUUACGGCCUGGGGAAGUCCCAGAAGUUAAAAGAACUGAAAUACAAAGGCCGGGGCUUUGAGCUGGGCGGCUACAUCAGUUCCGAAGCCCACUAUAAUCGGAAUAUGCAGUUUCUGUUUGUGAACAAAAGGCUGGUUUUAAGGACGAGGUUGCAUAAACUCCUCGACUUUCUGUUAAGGAAAGAGAGCAUCAUCUGCAGGCCGAAGGGCGGCCCGGCCGGCCGGCCGGUGACCUCGAGCCAUCCUCGGCACCGGUCUAACUCGGAGCGCCACGGGAUCUACGUCAUCAACGUGAAGUGUCAGGUGGGGGAGUACGACGUGUGUCUGGAGCCGGCGAAAACGCUGAUCGAGUUUCGGAACUGGGACGCCCUGCUGGCUUGCGUCCGGGAAGGAGUGGAAGCCUUUCUCAAGCGAGAGCAGUUGUUCGUAGAGUUGUCAAGCGAAGACAUGAGGGAAUUCAGCGAGGACAACGGCUUUAGUUUCGCGGCCGCCUUCCGGUCUGCGGCCCCUGACGACAGCCGCGUCCGAGAGAGUUUUCGGAAGGCGUGCGAUGACCUCGUGGAUGCGUACGAGAUGUCGAACGCGAAAUCCAGAGCCGUGAAAAGGAAAGCUGUCGAAGAAACCGGCACCCUGAAGAGUCCCGGGGAGGCGGGAGACCGUGCCGAACCAGUCGGAGAUUCCGCCCUCCGGGUGAUCGGGGAACCCGACGGCACCGGCGGCGGAGAUGCAGGGGAAACCCCUUUGCCGCUUAAACGGGCCCUUGCGCGUGAUCUACCGAAACCCGUUACUACGGAACCAGAAGCGGCCAAGUCAGCAGAAUCGGAAGAAACCGCUCCUCGGGAACCCGAACCUUUGCCAAACGGUGGCGACGGCUCUUCGGACGUAUCGGAAAGUGAGAGUUCCGGUCAGGCGUCGCUUCACCUAGAGGACAGCGGGAAGGACCCCGGAAUACCGGAGGACGAAGCCAUUGCCAGUGACACGGUGGCCAAUAUCCCGAGUAGUAGCCUCCCUCAAGGUCACGCGGAGAGCUCUAAAGCUGAAACUGAAACGAAAUGCAAACCUCAACCUUUUGGGAGGCCACUGGUGCGUACGUAUGAUGUACUGGAAGAACAAGGCGGAGCGGGCAAAGAGCUAAGCAGCAAUCGAGGAAGAAUGGAUUUUACGGGUGGGCAAGUAAAGUUAUGUACCACUGGCUUUUUAACGCACCUGGUUCAAAACCCGCCCUCCGGGUCGUCUGAAAUAAAUCCUCCAUUUCCAAAGCGUUUUAGGCCGGGACCUUUAAGCGCCAGGGAAGUGUUUGAACGUAAAACAGAUAGCGCACGUCCAGCCCCCGCCAUUAAUAGAAAAGUGAGUAAUUUGAACGAAAGACCUGCUCUGCUCCCCAGUGGAAAAUACCAUGGCACAAAUACAAGUGACUGGCUAGGAAAUAAAACAGCAGUCCCCAGUCAAAAUGAACAAUUUUUUUCCCACUCUGGCCGUCAGAAGGAAGCUUGUACAGCACCAGACGUAAGUGACCCGUUGCCUGAUUUUUCAUCGAAUUUGCUCUUGAGGAGCUGUUCUUCCUGCGGGAAAAAGCAAAUCGAGAAGCCUCCCGUCUGCCCCAGACCGGUUACCCAGAAGAAGCUCAGAUUGUUUCCUCAGCUAGGAACGCUAGAGCAAUUUAAGAGACAAUAUGGGAAAGUGGAAAGUUCUCCGUCUGCCGGCCUUCCAGAAACAAAGAGCGGUCCUGCAAUCCCAACAUCAUGUAAUUCCCCGGACGAACUGGAAAUCCCCCAGCAAAAGAGUAAGAGUUCCAAGAAUUCCGGUAUUUGUGAAACCUCAACCACGGAGUCUACCGAACCAAGUAACGUUGGCCCCAGCCUCUCCUCGGAGAAAUCUCCACCCUCCGGGAAAGAGGGUUGUUCGGAGGCGGGAGAGCCGCCGCCGAGACCGACGGAGCCUUUGCGGGCCAGCAGGAAGCAUCCGAAUGUUAACGGGCCACCGGGAUCGCUGGCCUCGAAACUAUCCAGAAUGAAGGGCCAUCACGAGGAAGAUCCAAGUAGUGAGAUGGUGGAUCUCAGCGAGCAGCCCCCAACGGAUUCCAAGAAAACGGACUCAGGAGACGCGUUGGUUCGCGAUUCCUUUCGGCCGUCCCUAAGCGGGACUAGAGAAGCAGAGUGUAAGAGUGUCAUCCUCGAUUCCAGCGCCGAAGGCCAGAACGAUUGCGGUGGUAAAGAUUUGGGAGGCGGUGGUGUAACAGUAGCGGACACAGCCGUGGCCACCGCUCGGCCUCCGACUAGCCGCACGCCAAGGACUCAUGUGGUGAAUCAAAGCACUCCUUUGCCGUUGGACGGACGCGCCAACUCCAUCGACGACGUUCGGGAAGAUUCAGGGAUGCCCGGCGCACCUCUGGAAGGGCAGCUGGAAGCUUCCGACGUUCCCGGGGGGAUUUUAACCAGUGAUCUCAAAGCUCCUCUGGACGAUCUCAACGCAACCUGUGUUGAGAAUGAGGAGACCAGGACACAAGACGGUUCCAAGGAUGGAGAUCCGGGCUCGCCUUCUUCCGACUGGCUCCGGCAUUUCGAUGUUUCCCUGGGUAGAACGGUCUAUAUCAACAAAAUAACCGGACUUAGCACUUUCAGUGCUCCGCCCGAGGAAGCGCCGGUGGAUUGUACUAAAGAUCUAACGACGGUGGCCGUGACCGUCGUCUCCGGGAGCGGGUUUCAGUUCAAGUGCCAUCCUUUCAGAAGCGAUCUUGUGCUGCCCUUCCUUCCAAGUGCUCAAAAGGCGAGGACCAUGAUGAAGCAAGACAACCAAGAUAAAAUUGCCGAAACCCCUGCCGCCGACUCUCUUCAUUCCCUGUUUUCGGAAUGGGACAAUCCGGUAUUUGCCAGAUACCCUGAGGUUGCUGUCGACGUGAGCAGCGGCCAGGCUGACACCCUGGCAGUGAAGAUUCACAACGUCUUGUAUCCGUAUCGUUUCACCAAAGAGAUGAUUCAUUCCAUGCAGGUUCUCCGACAAGUGGAUAAUAAAUUUAUUGCCUGUUUAAUGAGUACGAAGCUUGAAGAAAAUGAAGAGGCAGAUGGAAACCUGAUUGUACUGGUGGAUCAACACGCCGCCCACGAGCGGGUUCGCCUAGAGCAACUUAUUGCAGACUCGUAUGAGAAGCGGCACCUCAAAGACGCUAGCCGGAGAAAGUUGCUCUCCUCCACUCUGAUCCCACCGCUGGAGAUCGUGGUCACCGAGGAGGAGAAAAGGCUCUUACGGUACUGCCCCAGGAGCCUGGAGGAUCUGGGUCUGGAAUUAAUAUUUCCGGAGGACAGCGGCUCCCGGAUCCUCGUGGAGAAGGUGCCGCUGUGCUUCAUUGAGCGAGAAGCCAAUGAGCUGCGUCGGGGAAGGGAGCCAGUGACUAAAAUCAUCGUGAAGGAACUCAUUCGAGAACAAGUGGAGCUCCUGCGAACCACGGGAGGAGCCCAGGCGACUUUGCCGUCGACCAUCCAGCAGGUGUUGGCCUCACAGGCUUGCCACGGAGCCAUUAAGUUUAACGACACCCUGAGCCUAGAAGAAAGCUGCCGGCUUAUCGAAACUCUAUCCUGGUGUCAUCUGCCCUUCCAGUGUGCCCACGGGAGACCUUCCAUGCUGCCUCUGGCAGAUUUAGACCAUAUGGAAGAAGAAAAACAGCCGAGACCCAACAUGGCUAGACUUCGCAAGAUGGCCCGAGCCUGGCAUUUGUUUGGAAAACCGGCGAUCCGUGGUCAAAGCCAAAGUCAACAGCCACCUCAGGAACCACCGUGAAGGCAGAAUCUCCAGACGGUUGGAUUCUCACACAGCCAGAACUUCCCGGCUCGGUACCUUAUCAACUGUUUCUUCCAAAACCAAGAUGUGAUUAUUUAUUAAAUAUUAGCGGUAGGGCAGUGAGAAGUGGUGGGCACGGGGCCGCCGUCCAGAAAUGGCUUCAGACGCACAGGGCGUUUGAUAUGAUUCUGCUCUGAGCUGGAAGCUGUCGGGCCUGAAGAUCGGCCGUGGGAAAACGUACGUGCUCACUCACCGUCUACAGAACCCCACAUUUCGUCGUUUUGAAAGCAAUCUCCCUUCAAUCUUCUUUUUCUUUACCGUUUGUUUUCAUUUAACUUGCAUUUGUGACGUCUGUGUAUCCCUCACCCCUCUGGAAGUGGUCGCCCUGGACCCUGUGGCCAACUUGCCAGUUUUGUGCCCACCCCUGGACUUCUCAAUUUCCUCUCCGUCCUUACCGGCUCCCCAUGUUUCUUCUCGCAUUCCAAAUCUCAAACUGUAUUCUCUUCCCUCCCACAGCGUGUUUCCGGAGUCCUCCACCCUACCCGCUAAUAAUAAUAACGAUCGUAA